UUGAUCUAAGAGACAUCAAAUUGGUUUUCAAAAUGAAACUGAAGUUGUUUAUUAUUUGUUGUGUGAUCCAUUCAAUAUUUGCGAUUGAUCUUUUCGGUUUAAUAAAAAAUCCAAUUUCGAGCAUAGUCGGUGGUGAAAAUGCAGAAGAAGAAGAGGCAGCAAAAAGUGUUGCAAACUAUGAAUGUUCUAUACAAUUUAUUCGAUAUCAUAUGUGUGCAGGUUCGAUAAUAUCAGCUAAAUGGAUUCUUUCUUCUGCUCACUGUGUCAUGGAAGAAACAUUUAUGCUUAACGUUUUGGUGGGAACAAGAAACUUGCGAAGAGGUGGUAAACGGCAUGGGAUCCAGAAGAUUAUUUCGCAUGAAAAUAAAGAUAUUGCACUUUUAUUAGUAAAAGAAUCUAUUGAAUUCAAUGAAAACGUUCAGGCGAUUGGACUACGAAAAACUGAAGUACCAGAGAAUGCUCAAGUUACGUUGUCGAUUUGGGGUUCUAUGAGAUAUGGUGUACUGUUCGAUAAAAGUGUACAUAGCAUUACCUUGAAGGUCGAGCCCGCAGACAAAUGUAGAUAUAUGUACAAAAGUAAAGAUGUUGACAUUAACAGCAAAUACAUGUGCACUUCAUCGACAGCCCAAGGUGAUUGCAAUAUAGAUACUGGUGCACCUCUCAUGUAUGAGAAUAAAAUUGCGGGAGUUGUAACUUUGACUGUUCCAUGCUAUAAUGGUUUGCCAAACGUGUAUACAAAGAUUUCCUGUGUACAUGACUGGAUUCAAGAGCAAACAAAAUCAACCUGAAUACAUUAAUUUUAUAUUUUUGAGUAGGUGUACGGAACAUACAAAAAUCGGGGUUUAGUUAGUUGUGUUAAGGGAAAAAAUGGUGGCGGAUGCACCAAAGACAUUUCCAAGGCUAAAUCAGUGCAUGAUUCAGGUUUUAUAUGCGCAAUUUUUAUAAUUGCCUCAAUUGGUUUCUUUUUGUUAUCACACAAAGUUCAAGUUGAACGUAUUGCCAGUGAAAAUAUUGAUAAUGUUCUCGCAGACGGUUUUUUUAUUGUAUGAUUUAUUUUGGUGAAUUUCAACUGAUUUAAAAAAAAUGGUUAUAUCCUUACAUAUUUUGAGGUUCGUUGACACCAUUUGUGAACCGGUGAAGAGACUAGCACGAUCUUAUUUCACGAUUUGAUGGGUUACAUUAAAAAUACUUUUAAAUAUAAUCAAAUUGUAUGUUUGUCAUAAGAAAUAAAACUCAUUUAAAUUUUAAUCACA